GUUUUUAUCUUAUUUGUUUUAGUAUGGUGAAAAGAAAAAAAAGAUAAAAAAAAAAAAUGUAUUAAAAAAUGCAUAAUAGUUUAGCCAACCUGAAUGUUUCAAUAUCUGCUGGUUUAUGUUUUAAAGAAGAGGAAUUUUUAGACACAAAUUUUAAUGUUGAUAAGUUUGUAUCAAAAUACAAGGAUCUUUUUCCAUUAAGUACUUUGCGUGAAGAUUUGGAGACACAUUAUAAAAAUAUACAGCUUGCAUUGGUUGAAUUGAUUAACAGAGAUUAUGCAGAUUUUGUUAGUUUAUCCUCAAAUUUGAUUGGAACUGAUAAAACCAUAGAAAGUUUAAAACAGCCAUUAUUAGAAAUCAAAAGCAAAGUUGCUGUCGUUCGAGAUGAUGUAUCAACUGUGCUUCAAAGUCUAAAAGAAAAAUUGGAAAAAAGAAAACUUGUUAGAGAAAAAAAGCUAUAUUUGAAGCAUUUGAUGAAUCUUGUUCAUUCAGUGGAGAAAAUAGAAAAAAUUUUAGCUGCAGACUUAAAAUCGCCAGAUGCUGAAAUACUUUUUAAUCAAGAAAGAACUCAACCUGGACAUUAUUUAGAAAGAAUUGCUGGUGAAUACAAUCAACUUCAAUUUCAUGUAAACCAAACUAAAGGACAUCCAAUUAUUGAAUUAAUACGGCCUAGAGUUUCCUUGAUUACAUCAAAGUUGCAAGAAGCUUUAGAAGAUUCCUUUCAAUUGGGAAUAGAAAAUAGACAAACAGAUAUUAUUCGUAGAAGUUUACGAACUUAUGCACUGAUUGAUAAGAUAUCCUAUGCUGAAGAUCUUUUCAGAAAUAUUCUUGUCAAACCUUUUAUAAUCAGUGUUAUCAAUGAAGAUUAUUUUAAUGAACAUGGCAUUGAGACUAUAUGCAGUGAUAUUUUAAAAUUUAUAAAGCAAAAUUGCAGUAUUGUUCUAAAUUUAUCUGCUGGUGAACUUUAUGACGCAGACCAGCAAGAACAGCAUUCUAUAAAUAGUUUUGAUUUCUUAGUAAACAGUAUUUGGGUGGAAAUUGAGAAAGCUUUUGAGGAAAAUCUUCCACUGCUUUUUUCACCUGGCAACCCAGAAAUUUUUAUCAAGCGAUAUAGGGUGAUGAUGGGUUUCUUGGAUGAAUUAGAAAAAUGUUGUGUGCCAUCGAGUUUCUAUAAUCUACGAAAUCAUACUACAUACCAUUCGUUUAUGAACAAGUGGAGUCUACCAGUUUAUUUUCAAAUUCGAUUUCAAGAAAUUGGUGGUCAAGUUGAAAGUGCAGUAGAUAACCCGUAUGAUAAAUCACCUGAUGAUCUUUUCAUCAGUAACAUUGUUGGAACUGCAUGGAAAUGCAUUUGUCAAUGUUGGAAUGAUGAGGUGUUUAUAUCUGUUUUGAAAGGAAGAUUCUGGAAGUUGACAAUGCAGAUUAUAUGUCGUUUAGGUUUAUUUCUUCAGAAUUUGAUUACAUCUGAGAACAGCUCACUUGAAAAUCUGUGUACUUUACUUGGUGACGUUAACUGCAUCAUUCUCAAGAUUAAGGAAUAUUUCACAGAAGUUAUUUUAAAAAAAAUACUUGAAGAUGGACCUUUAGAUGUUACUAUUUAUCAAGAUGCUAUCAAUGAGAGUUGUGAGAUUUUAUCUACACAGCUUACAUCAUUGAGCAAUCAGCUUGUUUCUUUAUUAACACAUCAGAUAAAUUUGCAAUUAGAUAGUGUAAAGAAUGUCCCAAGAUUGUAUAGGCGUACAAAUAAAGAGCCUCCAAGUGAACCAUCAAAGUAUGUGUUGAAUGCAAUAAUACCAUUGAACAAGUUUGCAUCAAAUGCAACUAUGUUAUCAGAAAACCAAAGACAUGAUAUUUUGUCUUCUUCGCUUGGAAACCUAUCAGAAAGGUAUUACACAUUAGUCGACGAGUUGUUGACAGCUAUUCGAAAAACCGAAGAUAGUUUAUUAAGAUUGAAGCAGCAAAGAAAGGCUGCUAGUGGACAAUCCGAAGUCAAUCAGUUAGUAAAUACUAGUGAAGUAUCUGAUGAGAAUAAGAUUAGAAAACAAUUGUUAUUGGAUAGCGAAGCAUUCGGCCAUCAUAUGAGCACCCUUGGCUUUACUGGUGAAUCUUUUCCUGCUUAUCUAAAGUUGAUGAAUGUGGUUCGCUCCGCACUAACUCCUGAAUAAAAAUUAGUUAUUAAA